UGUAUAUAUAUAUAGAUAAAAUCUGAGCCCUAAGAAUAUACGUCGCAGGUGAAGAUGGCCAACGAUAGAAGGAUCAAAUCAGCUGUAGACUUGAUUAGCAAUUUACCAGAUGUGAUCCUCCAACACAUACUCUGCUUUAUUCCGAUCGAAUUGGCCAUCACAACAUCCCUCUUGUCUAGACGUUGGAGGCAUGUAUGGUGCGAGAUACCUUCUCUCUCCUUUAAUGCCGAUACACUGACCGCAGCUUCUGUAAACGAAACCCUGACUCGCUACACAGCUCCCAAUACGAAGAGUUUUCACCUCACUAUAACACCCUAUCCUGAGAACAUACCCUACAUCGACAGGUUGAUCAAGUUCGCCGUGUCACACAACGUUGAGAAUCUGUCCCUCGAUUUCUCGAGUCAUUAUUAUGUAAAGUUUCCAGAUUUCUUUUGCAACAGUUCUUCUGUCAAGCAACUCAACAUUGAUAUAGGAUUUUCUCAUAUGAUUGUUCCCGAAUAUUCCACUGUGUCUUGGACAUCCUUGCAGAAGCUAUCCUUGAGUUGCGGUAGACUCUCUGAUGAAUCCAUGGCUAAUAUUCUAUCCGGUUGUCCGGUCCUUGAAAACUUAACAUUGCAUAACUGUGUUGAGCUAAAGGUUCUUGAUCUUAGCAAAUCACUACGUCUGAGAACAUUAGAUGUAAAGUGUACCAUGACGGAUUGGGGGUCAAGGCUAAUUGUGGCACCACACAUUCACUGUCUCAGAUUGUUAAGCUCUCAGUCAUCAUCACCUACUUUGGUUAAUGUUGAUUCUCUAACCGAAGCUAAACUGGAAAUUCUCUUCUCAGUGAACCGUUACUUCACGUUCAAGGCCGAUUUUUUUCAAACCAUGGUGCUAAAGAUGCUAGAAAAGUUACAGAACGCAGAGAAGCUUACGUUUGGGGGAAACUUUAUUCAGAUUUUAUCUCUUGCUGAGAUUCGUGGUGUUCCUUUCCCGAUGCUCAAGGUCAAAGCAUUGGCUCUUCAUACAAAGAUCUCUCACUAUGUUAUUCCUGGUAUGGAAAGACUGUUACAAAACUCUCCUGAUUUAGAGAAGCUAACAGUACGUGCAAGGAAUUUCAACACCUUACUGGAGAAGCAUCUUGACAAAUACUUGGAAAUAAAAGGCUUUAAUCUGAACACAUGCUGGAGAUCAAAAGAUGGAGCCUCUUGGAAAAAGUGUGGUGUGUAUGCAAAAUCAAAGCAUGUGACUUCAUUAGUGGAACUUAUUCUUAAAAAUACAAAGAAACUAGACAAGGUGGUGGUCCUGUUGGAUGAACUUUACCUUAAGUUUAAAGUUAAAGACGUUGUGGUUCCAUCACUUCCUGGCUACAAAAAUGUCAACGUUGUGCUCUCCACUACCAAGCUGAUGGCAUUAGAGAAGUGGUGAAGUGAAUCAUAGGGGGUUGAAGUCUUGAGUUUUAUUGAACGUUUGCUUUUACUUUCUGUUUCCAAUAACUGGUGUACUUAUUUAAAACAUGUUACAUCGAAUCUAUUGAAACACACAGUAGAAGAAGAUUUUGGUUUGUUCACACAAAAUAUAUAGGCCGUAAUAAGUGGAGUUCUUUAGAGUAUAUCAAAACAUGAUGUGAAUCAGUUCUCCAAUAUUGCUAGAUUUAGGCUGCCUGGGAUAAUAGUUUUAUAACUACAAACAAACAUUGUUUUUGUAAACUGCAGGAAAUCGCAGGCCAUCUUCAUCUAUUUUUUUAUUUACUCUGUUUUUGUGUUCAAGAACUCCAAAAUAGAAACAAACAUAAGAUAAACGUUUUUGGUAUAUCCUUUGAUCAUAACUCCAAAUAUCUUGUACAUAUAUAGUUUCCUUGUGUCUCGUCAUACCCAUUCCAAAUUAGUGAUCUUACCAGUCCAGCGAGUACCUUGCUUCUGAUCCUCCAGUUCGGCUUCAGCACUGGUUUCAAAUGCUCCACUGCAGCCUGCACUGCAUUAGCUCUCAUGGUCAUUCCUCCACGACCUCGUCCUCCUCUGCCACCACCUCUUCCAGCUUGUCGCUUUUGUUCUCCCCACCACUCGGGAUACUCCUUUUUCACACCGUACAGAACUUGUCUUUCUCUUCUUUUCCAGAUCCGCUUCUUCACAUUAAAAGCAGUCUUUGCACCUUGUUGUUCUCUUCCUCUAAUCACGGUGUUGACCCGUUCAACAGAUUUUAUCUUGGAGUAAACCUGGUUCAUCGAAGGCAUCGGGUCAGUGCUGAUGAUUGAGGCACGAACAUAACAGCUCCGUACACAUCUUCAUCCAGCCCCAAUAGGAACUGAUGAAACUUGUCUUCAUCUCGCUUCUUCUCCAAAUCAACGGAGAUAUUGCAAGUGCACCCCCACACUUACACAUCACUGUCUUGUCAUAGUUGGUCAAAUCAUCUUCGUCAUUUUUCCGAAGCACUCAAUCACACUUGGUCAAAUCAUCUUCAUCAUUUUCCUGUUCGUUUGGAGAACGCUGCAUCAAGUACUAGCGAUCAAUCACACUGACACAUCACUGUCUCUCCCUCAGUAUUAGAAUUGCCUCAGAGUGCUUUACUGCCAAAUUUCAUUAUGUCAGUAGCCUAGUUUUAAAAAAUAAGAUUUAUCUAUUUAAUAAAACUUUGUUCCAAUAUUAAUAUAACAUCUCUCAGAUAAUAUGGGGUUUUCCAUGGUAAAGGAGAAUCAAGGUUCGCAACUAACUCAUCUUCUUCGCAACAAGAGGAUCAAGCUGCUUCACGUAACUCUUUCACUACUUUAUCCACAUUAGUAGAUUCAUAGUCUACAAUUGUGGAGGUUUCUCCAUCAAACAUUAUCAACAAUGAGGUUUAAGAUACUAUAAUUGUUGAUCCCACGACACCAUAAGCUAGUGCAUUUGAGAGUCCUUCUUGUUUCACAGUGCUAGGGGGUGUGAUUGAAGUUGAGACAGAGCCAUCUAGCUCUCUUAGCUUGACAAGAGGUGGGAGGGAGACAAAGCCUCCUAUCAAAUACCAAGACAUAUGGAACAGAAGACAGUUCGAGGGAGAGGAAAGCAUGGCCGACGUGGUCGUGGUUCUUAUCAUUAGCUAUUGUCUUUUAUUGCAUUGUUGGUUGUCUAAUCUCUAUUUUUGUUGUUUCAUAGGUUUGAGAUUCACUCUUUCAUGAAAAACUUUUCCCAACUAUAAGACUCUUAUCUUAUUUUGUAAUAGUUUAUGUUUUUCAAGAUUAAGAAAUACUAUGAGAUUAUAUAUAACGUUUUCA